AUGUUGUCAAUCUCACGCUCAAAUCUCCCUGAUGCAGCAGAGGCUCUCGUCAACCGUGGCGAGCAAAAGCAGAAACCAGCUCUGAUCGAAGAAGAUCCCAGCCCAGAGCCGAAGACAGAAACAAUUCCCGUCAUUGGCGGGCCCUCGAGAGCGAACCCUCCACAACCUAUAUUCGUGACCGGCGGAGACAUCCCCCCCCAACCCCCAACCUACCCCGAGUCCUACACGGUAUAUACAUCAAGACCUGCCUAUACACCCUGGCUUUAA